GCUAUCGAUAUACUCCCACUUCUGCAAUGAAAACAAAAAAGUCUCGUGCAAUACGGUAUUUAAGCACACCAGAUAGUAUUAUUAACAUAAAGAGCAGCUAACAAAAGAGACGGUGAUUUCCAAACACAAUGUGCCAGACGCUGCUUGGCCUCAGUUGUCUUUAAAGCAAGCGGACGGACGGACAGCACGACCAACGUUUAUGCCCAACAGCAGCAGCAGCAACAACAAUAAUAACUCACUAACAACAAGAGCGAUGAAACAAUUUCAUAAGCAUUAAAUGUACAUAUGUAUGUAAAUGCUUAACGGACCUCCUCCUCCUCCUCUUUGCCAAAUGAGCGGCAGUAAUGAGUUGCCAUCGAACAAAUGAGCACAGAAACAAUAACAAAAGCAGCAAACAAACAAAAAUAAUAAAAACAGCAAACAAACAAAAAUAAUAUAAAAAAAAACAACUGAGGGCGAACGUCAACGACGACGAAGCCGGUGAGAAUAAAAAAAAAACCUAAUUUCAAGUCAAAUUCGCGAAGCAUAAAGAAAGAAAGUAAGCAUUAAGUGAAAAUUAGGCCAGCAAAAGCAACGUUUAACGGCUGAAAACAAACCAACAGCAACACAAAAACAAAAACGUCGCCUGAACAUCCAUGAAAUCUCAAUCAUAACCGGCAGCAACAAUACCUUUAAAAUGGACUUUCUGGCCAAUUUCAUCAGUAAUCCACAGAGCAUGUUGUCAAGCUAUAUCGACCUGGAUUACUCACUAUGGCUGUAUCGCUUUCUAACGCCGUUGAUUGUCACAUUCCUCCUGCCGCUAGUUUUCGUAGCGCUCAUCUAUAUAUCAUUCUUGGUUCUCUUUAUCUACAAGCUGCACAGGCAAGUUAUAAUGCGAGCAGUGCAAACGGAUCGGAAUUUUUGGCGCGUUGGCCGCAAAAUUGUAGCCGCGAUUUGGGAUGCACAUGCACGCAUUUAUCACGGCUAUGAAGUAAUCGGUUUGGAUAACGUACCUCAGGAAGGACCAGCGCUUAUUGUAUAUUACCACGGCGCGAUUCCCAUCGAUAUGUACUAUUUGAAUUCACGGAUGCUGCUGCAGCGUGAGCGCCUGAUCUACACAAUUGGCGAUCGAUUUCUAUUUAAACUGCCUGGCUGGGGUACCAUCUCAGAAGCGUUCCACGUCAGCCCCGGUACGGUUCAAUCAUGUGUGAGCAUUUUGCGGGAUGGAAAUCUACUGGCCAUAUCACCGGGUGGUGUUUACGAGGCACAGUUUGGUGAUCAUUACUACGAGCUGCUCUGGCGUAAUCGUGUAGGAUUCGCAAAAGUGGCCCAGGAGGCCAAAGUUCCCAUUAUACCCUGCUUUACACAGAAUUUGCGCGAAGGAUUCCGCCAAGUAGGAAUUUUUCGCAAGUUCUUUAUGCGGCUAUAUAAUAAGGUGCGCAUACCCGUCUAUCCCAUAUACGGCGGAUUUCCGGUCAAGUUUCGUACAUAUUUGGGCAAACCCAUCGAUUAUGAUGAGAACCUGACGCCGCAGGAGCUGCAAAUAAAGGUUGCCACAGCCAUUGAAGAUCUUAUCAAUAAACAUCAGCGGCUGCCAGGUAGCAUACUUAUGGCGCUAUUAGAUCGCCUGCCGGCAUUUCAAAGUCAGCGCAAAGUAAUCACCUGUGUCUCCAGUGGAAGUGAAAUCAGCAAAGACAAAGCUGAAUAGAUCUUACGUCUUUCCAAUUGCUACUAACUGUGUUAAUAACUAACGAUCUAAACAAAUUUGAGGGCAGUAAACAUUUAUCUGAUUUGUAUGCCUGAUGCAAUGUGCCGCCAUAAGACUUCGUUCCAUGUCAUUCACUAUAAUGUAUCUAACGACUUCUUUUUUUACAUAUUAAUUUUAACGUGACUGUUUGCAAUGAGCUUGAUUAAAUCUCGCUCUUUGAGUGCAAUAAUCCACCUUAUAUCGCCCUAAGCUCUUUGUAUAGAACAUAGUUUUGCUAUGCGGAAUAAUUGAAAUGUUACUUGUAAUUUUGUUUAUAACAACUUUGCAGAGGGAAUUUGAAUUUUUUUUUCCGAAAUGUGUACCACAUUAACGGAGUCGUGACAAAACCAAACACGUAGAUAUAUUCAUAAUCAGGUCGACGAGCUGAUUCUUAUCAGAUUUAAAGCUAUCUUGAUGAAUCUUGGUACAAGUCCGUCUUUUGCUGCAGGCGGUAUAUAUGUCGGAACCGGCCGAUUGGGAUCACUAAAUAAGAUAAGAAAAGAUAACUGUCAUCGGCACAAUCUAUUUGUUCGUGUGAAAAUCUUUGUUGUUUGAGAUAUGUCAACCAAUCUCACAGAUUUUGUAUUUGGUAUUGGCCUUGACAUCCCGACAAAAUUUGUUUAAAAUUGGACUACAAUUACAAAUAUUGAAAAUUAAAUACAGGGCUCUGCAAGGGUAUCAAAUCUUCGGCGUGCCAAAGAUAACCUAUCUGGUUUUUUUUUAUCAUAAUGCUUAGUCCUUUUAUCAUACAUAAACACAGUUAUGUAUUUCCUUUAGUUGAUAUAAGUUCUACAAAUGUUUUUUUAGUCUUGUGUAAUUCUGUGAGUUAAAACGAAUGUGUGCGUGAAUGUGUAUAAAUAAUGUUACUAUCUUCCCUGUAUAUUGUAUUGUAUAAACUUGCAGUUAAUACUUUAUGUUUUUGACACUUUUAUACUGUAUCCGUAACAAAUAAAACUUAAAUUUUAAGUGUAUUAUAUUAA